AUGUCUUCAGUAUGUAUCGUUGGAAAACGUUUCGAUGGAGCGGCACCCGCACUGAAUAAUGCAGUCGCUGCACCUUUCAGGUUGAUUGGGCGCCGCGGUGCCAGUCCUCUGGUCAUGUCGCUGCGGCCUCUUCUCCUUCUGGCAGCUCUUCUCGGUUCUGUCGAUUCCAACCGUGAGUUCUGUCCCCAUUUGCAAGAAAAAAAUCAAGAUCAGACGGGAAAAAGGGGCUUCUCGAUAGUUCAUUCAAAAUUAGCCUCAAGUUCAUUCACGGAUAACUUUAAAAAAUAUUCAAAGAAGUUCUGUACACGAUUAGCAACCCAUUUUUCGUAUAAAAGAGACUUUUAAGUGUUAAUUUUCGCCUCAAACUAGUAGUGAUUAGGAUAUACUUUAGACCUGCUGUAAAAAGAAACUUUUUUUCAAAAAAAUUGAAUAAUUUUUUUGAUUUAUAGAAAUUCCGAUAAUGAGCAUUGAAAGAAGAUGAUUUGAAAUUUGAGUUUGGCUGAGAAAUAUUUUUUUCACAUGUAAGUACUACCAAAAAUUUGAGGGGAAAGUGUCAAUUAAUUUAAGCAAAUAAAUUACCCGAUCCGAGCUUCUGAAAAAUCCAGUUUUUUUCAAUAAUCCGAAAUUUGAUCAUAAAUUUGGAAUACGAUGAACUUAUCAAAAAUUCAACUUUAAAAAAAUUUCUUUUGAAAUCCCGUUCUUUCUCUGCUUUUUUUAGAAUUUUCUUCGGAGGUUUUAAAAAUAUGAAAAAUUUCAUUUUAUUUAAGAUAAACACUGUUUAGAUUUAAGCUUGAAAAAUUGAGAAAAAAACUCUGUAAUUGCGCGAAAAAUUACUUUUAUGAACUUCAAUUCAAGAAAGGUAGUUGGAUUUUUUUUUUCGCUAUUGUAGCCAAACACAUCAAUAUUUCCCAUAAAACUUCAAAAAAAAAAAGAUUUUUCUGAAAAAGAAAAUCAUUUUUCAGUUCGCUAUUUCGCUACGGACUGGUAGAAUUAUUUAUAAAACAAUUUUUCUGUAUUUAUAAAUUUUUCAUUCCUCGCACUGCUCUCUUAGUCAAAGUUUCAAUCAAAAGCUUCCGAGAUCGAAAGGCAUCAUUUCUGGGUACCAUUACCACAUCCGUUUCAAGCUAAGUUCAAAUCUCAAAACAGAAAUAAUGUCUCGGUUUUUCGGUAUCAGCACAUUGAAAUCUUUUUUAUUUUCCCCAAAAAAGCUAUGAUUUUGUAUUAUCCGGUUAAGAUUCUGAAAUAAUUACCAACUAGACUUUAAGGAAAUCGUUUCUUUUAACAGGAGAAAUAUUUGAAGGCAUGGGGACAGUAAAAAACGGGGUUCCAGGUGAACGCAGUACCUUGUAGAGCUUUUCAUUGCGAAUCGAACGGUCUAUUCAAAAAAAUUAGAGAUGUGACUACUUUUGAAGAAAAACGUAAUUUUAUUUUCCCGGCUUCUAGUUUUGAAAUUUGCUUUGGAUCGGUGUACAGACAACUUUUUACAGUAGCCGUGUACGAUUUUCACCAUAACCUCAUUUUUACUGCCCCUGUUCCUUUAAUGUUAAUAGUGUUAUUUUGUUCUACUUUGCUUUUUUGAUUCUUCACUUUCAAAGUUUCGAAUUUAAUUCAAUCUCCUCCAACUGAAAAAUUGUCCACGUGCUUUUGUUUCCGCUUUCGACUGACGUUGCCCUAUCGGCUGAAAAAUGAUGCAUUCGUGCCGAUUUUCUCGGUUUCCGAGCAAAUCUCUCUUUCCUCGUCGACCUUGUCCAAAAUGCAUUGGCUCAGAUUCGAUUCCCACACCCUCACCUGUCUUUUUUCGCCAUACUCUGAAUGUUUUCCUGAUUCUUUGGGGUGACUAAAGCCGAAAACAUGAAAACAAUUUCAAAGACUCCACAAAAAUCUAAAAUUCUAGAUAAAGAAAUCAAAAAAUCUAGGAAAUUUAAAACAUUCAACAAAAAAUCUUGAUUUACUUUGAGAGUUUUCACUCCUAAAGCCGUCUUUGAGAAGUUUGUCCGAAAAAUAAGAACAAAAAAUGCAAGCGAAGGCCGAUCGCGGUCGGUUGCAGCAGAAGAACGGACAACAAAACAAAAGAUUUCUGGACGAGUGGCUCUUUUUAUGGGCAAAUCUCUUGGAAGCCGCCAAAAUAUGGGACGCUCCGUGCCAUUUACAAGAGAGAAAAAAAAGCGCGCAGGACAAGAUUUCCCAUGGGACUUUUGCCUUGAACUACUAAAGAGGAAGGGCCGUAAUGAAAUUAUAAGCGUAGUUUGGUAUCUCUGAAACUUUUUUACUGGGAAGAGUUUUCAUGGGAAAAGGCUAGUAGCGCUGUGGGGACAGUUUGAAUUGGGCUAUUCAUUUUUCUCGAGACUUUCUUACUACAAAGAUGAAUCGGGAAGUCGACACAAAUAGCUACCGGGUAGCAACUUUUGAAAAAGUCAAUCGGCGUAUGGUGAUCGGUGGUCGUUUGUAUGCGACCGGGCACCAUCUCUAUGGUACCCAGGUCGGAGGUCGAUGCAAGUAGCUACCGGGUAGACUACCGGGUAGACCUGACAUUCGCGAUUUCUUUCGGAAAGUCUGGAAUUGCUUCCCGGGUCGUUAUUUUUUGUUACAGCUUUAUCCAAUAAGACCCUGGAAGGCUUGGGAAGGUGUAAAAAACACUGAUGGUAUAUAAACGACCGUUGUGCCAGCCAGUGGCAAACGCGAAAUUCAGGUACAUACCCGGUAGCAUCCAGAUACCGAUCAGGUACUAUCCAGGUACCAUAGAGAUAGUACCCGGUCGCAUACAAAUGACCACCGAUUACGAUUCGCCGAUUCACUUGAGUUGCUACCCGGUACCUACUUGUCCUCUCGAUUCACCAGUGUAGGGAACGUUUUUUAAAAAACAUAUGAAAGCAAAAUUUAUUCGCGGUUGAUCCAUUUGAAGGGGUUCUGGAUCUCUCUUAUGACCUCUUAAUAAUUUUCUCGGUAAAUUGAUUUACUUCUCAAAAAAUCUGAAGGAGAAUCGCUGAUGGAUGAAAAUGGAGAGUUCCUGCCGCACAUCAGACUCGCCAAGGAUCUCACCGACCAGAGAAGGUUUUUUCCCUCAUUUUCAACAUUCCAAAUACUUUUUUCAGGUACGACAGUCGUGUUCGGCCGGUUAUGAAUCAUACUCGGCCUACAACUGUUUCGUUUUCGAUGAGUCUCUACCAAAUUUUAUCUAUUGUCAGUUUUGAACUUUUUUUUUUUGAAGAUCAUUGCUGUUUAUGAAACAAAAGGGAAAAAACGUAAAGUGAUUUUGAUUCGAGACAAAUCGGUACUUAGAUCUGCUCAAAGCGUCGCGAUUGCAUUGCGUUUACAGUUUAGAAGUUUACUUUUAAUUUUUCUGAUAACUCCGCGCGCAAACCGUUUUGCGUCGGACGACAUUGAAACUCGCAUUUGUUAUGAAUUGAGUCAUUUCGCGACUGAUAAGAGCUUUAAGUCAUGGCGAAUUGAUUAUGCUCAUUUUAAGGAGCUCAAAAUUUGCCUUUUCAUGAAGGAUUUUCUCACCAAAAAGUAGAAUUUUUUGGAAGGAGUCAAAAAAUUGCAGAACGAAAAGCAACAAAACGUGGACUUGAACGUGUGGGCGAUCCAAAAAUGGACCGACGACUUUCUCGGCUGGAAUCCCUACCUGUAUGGGAUGAUCAACACCACGAUUCUGCCUUUUGACGCCAUCUGGCUUCCUGACACUUACAUCUACAACAGGUUCUUCUUGAACAUUUCAAAUAUCAAUUUUUUUCUCAUGUCGAAUAGAUUCAAAAAAUUGGGCCCUUCUUUCCUUAGAUUAAUUCACGUUCCUUUGAAAACUUUUUUAAGUGUCGUGAUGAACCGAGAGGAAACGGAACGCUACAUAAACGUGGUCGUCACGACCAACUAUUGGAAGGGAGGCAAGGGAGCCGAGGUCAAGUUCAUGUACCCGGCGCUCUACCGCACCAGCUGUCUUUUGGACAUUCGGUAUCUCUUCGAUUUUGCGGUCAAAUGGGAUCAGAAGUUGUUGGAUUUACGAUACGGUUUUACUGGGAUUGGAACGUCAUUUUGGAACAAAUAAGUAUUGCUCAAAAAUGAUUUUAUUUAGGACUUUUGGAAUUUUCAGAAGCGAGUCGAAGACCUGAAAAAUUGUAAAAUUUUCAAUGAACUGUACCAUACACUUACAGAACAAUACAUAUGUCAGAUCAAUACCUGUUUUUAGGUACUUCCCGUACGACCAGCAAGAAUGCAAGCUGACAAUUUCAUCUUGGACAUCUUCCAAAAGCGACAUCAACUACGAGGCCGAGUAUCCAUCUGUCAACCUCGACAAUUUCAUUCCCAACGAAGAAUGGGUCGUCGUCAGCUUCAACGUCAAACGCAUCGAGGUUUUUCUUUUUGAACUGAAACAAUAACGUUCGAAAUAUUUUAAUUUGUUGUGAUACACUUGACGGCUUGGAUUAAUUGAAGUUUGAAGGGAAAAUAGAACUAUGGCUGAGGCAUAGCAGUCGUGAAAUUCAAGAAAGUUCGGAAUCCAAAGUUUUCGUAAGAGUUUGUGAAGUUUUCAAAGCCUGAAGCAAAAAAAAAUCGAAUGGAGCCUUUUUUUAAUACUCAUCAGAAUAGUUCAUAAGUACAACUUUUGAGAAAUCCCUGAAACUUGGCUUGCACUUACAGUUUUUCUGAUUUCUACCUAAAUAAGUUCUCAUUCAUUUUCUUCGGUUCGCCAAGUCUCAACGGUCUUACGUUAUGAUUAUUGUCAAAAAAAAGGUGGAUUUUUGUAUUUUUUUUAGACGCUAUUACUAGAAGACUAAAAGACAAAAAACUCAAAAACUCGAUCUGUUUUGAAACUAUGGUGCUCAAUUACUUCUCCGCUGAGCUUCAGAAAAUUUUCAAAACUUAAUCACCCAUUCUAAGCUGUCACAUUCGAAAAGUAAGCCGUAAAAAAAUUUAGGAAAAGUUCGUGUGCUGUCCGGAGCCGUGGGUGUUGCUCGAAGCGGCGCUGGUGGUCCGUCGGAAGCCCCUCUACUACAUCGUCAACCUCGUCAUUCCGACGUCAGUCAUCACUUUGGUCGCCGUCACGGGAUUCUUCACGGCGGCUUCGACAAGCUCCGAGCGGUACGUCUUCUUCUCGGUUUCCUUAUCCGAAGUUAUCAAGACGAGAGAAGCUGUCGUUGGGCAUCGACUCGCUGCUGGCGAUGUCCAUUCUUAUGAUGAUGGUUUCUGAGCAGAUGCCAACUUCCUCGGAUUUCGUUCCGCUUUUUGGUUGGUUUUGUAACGAUUUUGAAAAAAAAAAACGAUUUCAUUUUCAAAUGGGCUUUCGGUGUGUUUCUCUGAUCUUGCACGUGAGAGAAAAGAGAACCCAGACAGGUUAGACUGUUUUAGCUUGGUGAAAGGGAUUGAGUCUUAGUACGUUUUUACUCAAAGGUCAGAAAAAAAAAUCUCAAUUUAGAAUUUUUUGCACCAAAUCCAGAACUUAAAAUUUUUUCAAUUUUCCACUAUGCUUUCCACAAAAGGUAAAAAAAUCUACCUCCGCUCUUUCAGUUCGACGAGAAAUUCAGAUCGAGUCGGGCGCACAAAAAAAUAGCUCACAAAGAAAGUUUUCAAAAAUUAUAGAUUGAAAAAAAUGAUGUGUAAUCAUUCUAAUCCCCAUGUAUUCAUGAAAUAUUCUAUUUUUUUUUCUUUUUGAAAUUACAAAAAUUUCCGUACCCUCUAAAUCACCGAGAAAUAGGUUUCAAGAAGUUUGAAGAAUUAGCGCCGCUCCAUUUGAAUUGAUCACUUUUUCCUGUGUGACAGUUGUCGUGUCGCGUCGCUUUCACCGAAGAAUUCUUUAUCGCAACUGGCGAGAAAAGGUUGAGAAGAUGGAAAGGAAGCUCGAAUGGCCGCGUUUCUUACACUUCUCACAGAGUUUUUAAUUUACGAUGUGAUUGAAAAAACAAAAGGAAUCUUAGAAAAAUAGUUUUGAGAAUUGGGAUUCUUCGGAGAGUUUAAAAUAGGCUCACAGCUGGUUCAGCUCAAAAAGCUCUAGAGACAUCUUAAACUGUUCUUUUCGCACCAUUUACGCUAAUUCAUUAUUCAUUUCACUCAGAAAUAAAUGAACAAAGCGAAGAAAAUAGAAUGUCAAGCCGCUGGAUGAUAAACUCCAAAAAAUUUAGGAAUAUUCUACCUGUCGAUCAUCUUCAUUAUCUUCAUCGGCACGCUUUUCACAGCGUUUAUUCUCAACGUUCAUCUGCAGAAGAUGUACGCGAAGCCGGUGUCUCCGCUGAUUUCCUUCAUUUUCUUUGCCAAGGUGCCGGUUUGGACUUAUUUGAGCUCAAAUAAGUAUAGAAAAAUCUCAAUUUCUACUUCAAAAUGAGAAAUAUUCUCUUUGAAGAUGGCUCGUUGGCUGCGAAUGCGGCCGCCGACGAUGCUUCUCGACCUUUGGAACGAGACCGGAGUCACUUUUGCCAAUGAGAGGUCAAAACACAAGCGGAUAGAAAAGGUCUCACUUUUGAAAGAAGAUUUUGACUUUCAAUAUUUUCAAGAAAAAGCAGUUGAUGUGUUCACAGCCUCCUCCCAUGAAGAAGUCAGUCAGCGGAUUGGCGCCUUUAGCCGCUCCUAUCAGUGCUAGGUUAGUUUAGAAUUAUUUCAAUGUUCGCUUGGAUCACAGUGUAAUGAGGAUAACACGAACUCAGUUACUCCCAAGUGGUCCCUAUAAUGUCAACAUUAGGGGCCCUUGGAGGGUUCUCUAUAGGGACCACUUUUUUAAUCGCUACAGGGCCCCUUAAGGCUUGCAAAAGCGGCCCCUGUAGGGGUUUUAGUUAGUGACCCCUAUAGAGGACAUGCUACUCGAUUCUUGUUAUGACUUCUAUGAGAAGAAGAAUUUAUAUUCGAAAAACUCAAUAAAUACACAUUUUUAAAUGAAAAAAUAUCAACAUAGGAUAAAUUGAUCAAAUUCCUUUUUAUGCAUCUUUUUGAUUUCCGAAACUUGAAAAAAACACAUAAGAAAUCCCUAUAGGGACCACUUAAAGUAUAGAAGCUCAGGAGGUCAGAUCCAAAACCUCUUAAUGGACCACCUAAGUUUUAUCUUUAUAGGGAACACUUUUUUGGCACCUAAAGGGCUGCUUUUGCCCCUAACCCCUAUAGAGACCACUCUGGAAUUUCUAAAAACUUUGUUACGUCUUUGGUGUGUCCCAAAAGAGCGGUGAAUGGAAUAUUCCGCUCUUUUUCCCAAAACACACAAACUUUUCAGGUCAUUCGAUGACACCCGACGGGAACAGGCGCGCAAGAACUGGCAGCGACUCACCAAAAAAGUUCUAGCCCGCAGAAACAACAUGGAGAAUGGGGUUUCCAAUUCCAAAAGUAGGUUGUAGAGAAUUCUCAAGAAAAAUAACGAUUUUUGAAGUUGCUGGUGAAAGAGGCGUCCUGAGGUCGGUCAGGAAGAGGCCUCCGUCAAUAGCCAUGCCUGGAGAUGAGCCGCCGCCGUUGAUGCUCAGUUCUUCGGCUGUCAGUGCCUUCUCCUCCACGGACAACGCUCUUCUGGAGAGCAAGCUCAAGCGCAGGUUUCUAUGAGAAGAAUAGAAGGGAUCCAGAGUUUUUUCAAUAAUAGGAGACCGGUCUGUCAAAAGUUUGGUGAAAAAUCAUCUGAAUAUUCAAAAAAUGUUCUAACUAUUUCAGCGGAACUCAUUUUACUGACGUCUUUUGUACUGACGUCAUUUGUAAAAAGCUUGUUUUCCAAACUACAGUUUGAUGUAAAUUUAUUAAUAGUAUCUACUCAGCAGAAAAAAAGUAAUUUUUUUUGGUCAAGUUAAAGUUUAGAACAGAGGUAACUUUUCUCAAAUUAUAGUUAAAAAAGAUUUUAUUUCCACGAAAACUUGAGGCACAAAAACUUGAGGUUUUCUUAUAGUUGAAAGACUUUUCCGCUCUAAAAUGUGAGUUUACCUUGAUCUAGAAAAAUUCUCUCUUUUCUCAAAUUCUCUGUUUAAUAAGUCAACCGAAAAAUUCAACAUUGAGUAGUGCUAGUUAGAGCAAAGACCUUUGUUUUUAAAAAGAAAUCCCCUUUAAUUAUUUACGAAAGAAGCGUCUGCAGGUAUGCUUUGGAAUGGGAGUACCUGGCGUCGGUGCUGGACCGAGUCCUGCUCAUCGUCUUCUCGCUCGUCGUUUUCUUUGUCACGUUCGUCAUGAUCCUGGUGGGCGAGGCCAUGCACCUGUCCUACGAGCUCGCCUCCAAGCGGCUCUGA